UUGAUACUGAUACAGUCGACUUAUAUAAAAAAUUUAUUUUAGACAACUUUUUUUUAUAAAUAUAAGUCCGUUAAAGUAAAAUUUUUUUAUAGAUAGGUUAGGUUAGAUGAAGUUACGAGUAUGAUUGUAUUUAUUUUUUGGUUUAUUUAAUUCAUUAAUUAAUAUAAUAUUUUUUGAUAAAAAAAAAAGCAGAAUUAUAUACAAUAUUAUGCCAAAAAUUAUGGCAUAAAUGUUUGAAAUAGAUAGAACAAAUAACCUAUUCGCAAAUUGCUAGGUUAUGUAUAUAUGUAUAUUGAAAUCGUGCAUUAUCGUUACAGUCAGAUACGUCUUGUAUUUCGUAACAAAGAUAACAGAAAUUAUCAAUUUAUACUUAGGUUUUCUACAGUUGUUCUGUGAAAGUAAAGACAUUUUGUAUAAUAAUCUCGUUCAAGACGUUUGCAAAGUUUAAUUCAUCGAAAAACGGUAACAUUAAUAUCUUUAAUUAUCAAAAUAAUUUUGUGAAAAUAAUGAGUACGAAUAUAGUUGUCCUUGGUUCAUGUAUGAUAGAUUUUACUUGCUAUGCAUCUCGCUUACCAAAACCUGGAGAGACAAUAUUUGGUAGCGAAUUUAAAAUAAAAUAUGGUGGGAAGGGUGCUAAUCAAUGUGUGAGUGCUGCUAAACUUGGUGCAACAACGACGCUUAUUGGAUCAUUGGGUAACGACAAUUAUGCAAAAACUUAUUUGGAUAUAUUGAAAAAGGAAAAUGUAGAUACUGCUUAUAUUCAAAUACAAAAGGAUAAACAAAGUGGAAUAGCUCAUAUUACAGUUGCUAGUAACGGAGAAAAUAGUAUAGUGGUCGUACCAGGAGCUAAUGACCUUUUAAGCGUUGAUCAAGUUAUAUAUUCUGCUGAUUUAAUUAAAAAUGCUACGGUGUUACUAUGUCAAUUUGAAUCACCAUUAGACGCUACUUUGCAAGCUUUACGAAUCCAUAAGGGCCAUGGGCUUUCAAUUGUGAAUGGUUCACCGGCCGUAGAAAAUAUCCAUCCAGAGAUUUUCGAAUUGUGCGACAUAUUUUGUAUUAACGAGACCGAGGCCGAAUUAAUAACAGGAGUACAACCACUGAUGUUAUCAAAUGCGCAAAAUGCAAUUGACAUUUUAUUUUCUAAAGGUUGUAAUAUGGUUAUACUUACUCUUGGAUCUUUAGGCGCCGUUUAUGCUUCUAAAGAGAACAGAAAGAUAACUCAAAUCUCAACAACAAAAGUCGAUCCUAUUGAUACUACUGGAGCAGGAGACGCAUUUCUGGGUAGUCUAAGCUACUUUAAAGCGUAUCAUCCUCAUUUGUCGACGAAGGAAUGCAUUAGCAGAGCUUGCAAGAUCGCUACAGAGACGGUAUUAAAAAUUGGUACGCAAGAAAGUUUCCCAAUGAAGAGUGAUCUUUCGCAGGAAUUAUUUCUAUAAUACAUUUUAUUAUUAUUAUUACUAUUUUUUUUUUUUUCUUUUUUUGACAUAUAACCCUUUAAACGAGUGAAUGAUCUAUGUAAGGAUUUCAUUGUUAUUAUAGUAAAAACGGUAAAACUAAUGAGUUGUAUUCGUUUAGAUUCCUCAUUGAUAAUAAAGUGAAAUUUACGUAAGGAA